AUGGACGUGGGCGUGGCCAAGGCGGAGCUGGAUGUGGGCGUGGCCAAGGCGGAGCUCUCGGGUAACCGGGAGUCCAAGGUGGAGAUGGACGAGGGCGUGACCACGGCGGAGCUUUCGGAACCUCUGGAGUCCAAGGCGGAGCUGGACGAGGGCGUGACCACGGCGGAGCUUUCGGAACCUCUGGAGUCCAAGGCGGAGCUGGACGAGGGCGUGACCACGGGGAAGCUUUCGGAACCUCUGGAAUGCAAGGCGGAGCUUGACGUGGCCAAGGUGGAGCUUGAUGUGGCUGUGACCACGGCGGAGCUUUUGGGACCUCGGGAGUCCAGGGUGGAUCUAUCCCUUCAGGUGACCAUGGCAGUGCUGCCCCUUCGGGUGGCCAUGUUGGCAACCCUAAGCAGAGACUUGCCGGCUGGUUGGACAGCAAAGCAGGUGGGCGAAUGGAAAGACCGCAACCCUUGGCUUGACAUUAAGGCAGGAAAAUUGGGGUGUUUAGUGUGUAGAAAAGCAAAAACGUUGCUACUCUCAGAAAAGGGACCAGGUUUACACCUCGCAGAAGAAUGGAUCAACGGUGAUGUUACUAGCUCUGAAGCAAAGAGGCUGCGAAAGAAGAUAUACAAACACAGGGACAGCCAGGCCCACGCAAGGUCAGUGGACAUAGCCCAGAUGAAAGAGAAAGACACCCUCCCGCACUUUUUUAUUGAUAUACAGUCUGAUUUACUCAAGAAAACCACAGUUUCGUUCAGAACAGCAUACACCGUCGCAAAGGAAAGGCUAUCGUACAAAAAGCUCAACCCACUCAUGACGAUGCAGGAGCUUAAUGGAGCUGAAGUUGGUAAUAUCCACAAAUCUGACCAUGCAUGCGCAGAAAUAAUCAGUCACAUUGCCAAGGAAAUGCGCCGCAAAUUUGUCUGCAAUGUGAAAGAAAAGGAUUCACGGGUGUCAAUCACAAUUGAUGAAAGCACCAUUCAUGGCAGUCCCUAUCUAAUAAUCUACGUAAGAUGUGAUGUCAGCGGUAAGGGGGAUGUAGACAAUGUUUUCCUGGAUCUAGUGGAACUUACAAAUGGGGUCGAUGCUGAAUCCAUUUAUAACUCAAUGAUGGCGAGUCUACAUAAAGCUAGAAUGGAUGAUGACUUUUUGAAGACGCACCUGAUCAGCAUUGCCACCGAUGGAGCUGCGGUGCUCACAGGAAAAGCCAGUGGGCUUGUAGUUAGACUAAAAGAAAGGUUUCCGAACGUGCAGUCUGUUCACUGCCUGGCGCAUAGAUUAGAACUGGCUGUCAAAGAUGCUCUUAAAGAAGUGGCUGGCACUAAUCAGUUUGAGUUCUUUAUUUCAAAAUUAUACUCACUCUACAAUCAGUCAACCAGGAACGCCAGAUUGCUUAGAGAAGCAGCGGCCGAGCUCAACGUGGAAAUACUGAAAAUAGGUCAAAUCUUCACCAUCAGAUGGGUUGCCAGCAGCUUUAAAACCGUAAAAGCAGUAUGGAAAGAUUUCCCCGCACUAGCACUCCAUUUCAAAACAGCCAGUGAGGACACAUCACGCAAUGAUCUUGAGAGGCAAAAAUACAAGGGACUUCUGAAGCACCUUGUUAACUCAGGAUUUGUGGAAGAUUUGGCUGUCAUGAAAGACAUCCUGCGUGAACUCCAGAGCCUGUCUCUCAAGCUGCAGAAAAGAGAAAUGUCACUCGUGGAUUCAAGUCUCGCCAUCCAACAAACGAUCAAUGUUUUGGCGGCCAUGAAGACGACUGGUGGGGGGAAAUCAACCAAGAAGGCUGAAAAGUCCGUCUCAUCUGGCCUUUUUAAGGGUGUAGAGCUGAAUGAAGGCAGGGCGAAAAUAAACAGGUCUCGGUUUCAUGAAUCAGUGAUUGCGUCUCUAACUAAGCGAUUACCGGAGUCAAAUUUGGUCCUGAUGCUCAAAGCUCUUGACAAGCGUUUUUGGCCAGGAGAGCAGGAGGACCUGAUUUUGCAUGGCGAACCAGAAGUACACAGCCUUGCAAAAGCACUUGGAGAACCAACCAGGGAGGCUGUGGAGCAGUUUCGAGACUGGAAACUACAGGGCACUGCACCGGGGAAAACAUUGGAAAGACUGUGCAUAGCAAGUCGCACGUAUCUCCCCACAUCAGCUGAGUGCGAACGAGGCUUUUCCGCAGUUAACAACACGAGCAACCAGACGCGCAACAGGUUGCGCGAAGACAGCCUCUCUUCACUCCUGUUUGUUGACCUCAACGGAUCUCCGCUGGACAAAUUCGACCCAGUUCCAUUCGUCAGAAGCUGGAUUAAAGCAGGACAUCGCCUCUCUUCUUCCUGGAAACCAGGACGACAACCACAAGAAGUCGAGCCAAGGCAUCUUUGGUCUAUUUUAACUUAA